AUGAGAUCAAGCACGUUUGCUUUGACGGGUCUUCUGCUUCUGGGUAGCAGCACCCCUGAUAGUGCCACUGCAUUUCAGCUCUCUCCCAAGACCAGCAAUCAUAAGAACAGCAAUAAGCCAGGAUCAUCACCUCUUGAACUACAUGUACAGCCACUGGGAUCCACGGCAUCAGAAGACGACAAUCACCUUUUAUCAUUCAACCAACAUGAGGACAAGUCAGAAAGGGUAGCAGACCCAGCUCCAUCCAGUCCUUGGACGACUCGACUAGUCUCUUGGGGAGCAUCCCUGAGUCUCGCGACGCUCUUAUCGUUAUCGUCAUUGCCAUCUUCGGCAAUGGCAUCGGGCUAUGGAUCACUGAGUCCCGAACAAAAAGGCGUCGCCGAAGCCUGGCGUUUGGUGGACAAUAGUUACUUGGAUCGCACCUUUCAAGGACAAGAUUGGUUUGCCGUACGGCAAAAACUGGUCGCCACCAAAUACAAGAAUAUGGACGACGCCCGAGCGGCCAUUGAUUCCUUUGUCUCCAAUUUGGGAGACAAGUACACACGCUACCUGUCACCCGCCAAAUACCAAUCUUUGGUCGAUUCUGCCACGGGAACACUUGCCGGGGUCGGUAUUGAAUUGAGUCGCAACAAGGAAGGACGCGUCAUUGCAUCCGAUGUCGAACCCAACAGUCCAGCCGCCAAGGCAGGGAUUCUACCCAAUAUGGUAUUUGAGGCGGUCGAUGGAGUGCCAUUCGAAUCCAACAAGGACGUGACACCCGAUGAUGUGGCAUCCUUGCUGCGAGGCCCACCGGGAACCAAAGUCGAUAUUGUCAUGUCCACCGACAGUAGUAGUUCCAAAUUGGACAAGAUUGUCACACGAGAACCCAUUCAAAUUACAUCGGUCCGCAGUUAUGUCUCCAAUCUACAAGGGGUUGGAAAGGUCGGCGUCAUUCGCAUCAAAUCCUUUUCGUCACAGACGGAACAACUCGUCAAGGACAAGUACAAUGAACUCGUUUCCAAAAAAGGAGCCGUCGCCAUUGUAUUUGAUGUACGCGGCAAUCCCGGUGGACUCUUGCCGGGAGGAGUCGAUACCGCUUCUCUCUUUUUGCCCAGUAAUCAACCCGUCGUUUUUGUCGUCAACAAGAGUGGGGUCGCCGACAAACAAGUGACGUACAAGGAUGGGAUUGACACGGACACAACACCCUUGGUGGUACUGGUGGAUGGAAAUACCGCAUCGGCCGCUGAAGUAUUUACCGCCGCCUUGAAAGAAAACAAUCAUCGCGCUACCAUUGUGGGAGAACAAACCUUUGGAAAGGGCAUCAUUCAAACCAUUCGGCCUUUGGAGGUGGCGGGAGGUGGGGUUGCCAUUACCGUGGCACGCUACGAAACACCCCAACACAAUGAUAUCAAUAAACAAGGUGUACCGGUCGAUAUCAAAAUGACCGUGGAAUGUCCCAAGGAUGAUGCUCUUUCGUGUCUUUCCGCCAAGGCAUUUCCAAAAAAGUAA